CGCGAAGGGAAGGGAGCGCGCAGCACGGCGAUCGCCGGUGCACUGUUUCCCUCGGACACAGCGGAUCACGGAAAGACCCGAAGAUGUCGACUUGGUCAUGUGAGCAGCUGUGUCCAAUCACAGCUGAUCACUGAUGAUCGGUGUGCCCUGAUGAUCAGUGUAGCCCCAGCAGUGCCACCUGUCAGUGUCCAUCAGUGCCAGCAGUCAGUGCUCAUCAGUGCCACGUGCCAGUGCCCAUCAGUGACACUUCAAUGCCACAUAUCAGUGCAUACCAGUGCACAUCAAUGCCACAAAUCAGUGCCCAUCUUAGCUGUCUUUCAAUGUCACCCAUCAGUGCCAGUCAGUGCCACCUAUCAAGGCCAAUCAGUGCCACCUAUCAGUGCUGCCAAUCAGUGCCGCCUAUCAGUGCCAGUGUCGCCUAUCAGU